AUGACGCUUUUCAAUACUAGCGUUGUUGCAGGAUACCUGAGUCUUCUCCCGCUAAUUAUACUAUACACAGAUGGCUAUAUAGAAAAGACGCUCAUCUACUUGCAUGCCCUUGGAAUCACUUGCAUUUUGUACAUUCUAGUGAACUCGACAACAGACGAUACAACAACAACAGCUAGUGCAGAUGGAAAUGAGAUUUACGGCCUAAGACAUUUGCUCUUCAAUCUGGAGCUGCCUCCCAAAACUCUUUGGUUUAACAUGGGCUUGUGGAGCAAGAAAAACAUGAGUUUUCCCGAGGCUUGUGAGAACCUAGUUCAUGCAGUUGCAGACAAAAUGGACAUCAAUCCAAAUGCGUCAGUAUUAGAUGUUGGUUUUGGAUGUGGUGACUCGUGUCUCUUAUUAGCCGAUAAAUAUAAAUCCAAGGUUACGGGUAUUACGAAUGAAUUGUCGCAAUGGAAGAUUGCAAACGAGCGGUUGACAAGCUCACAAUGGAAGCAAAACAUUACACUCUUACAUGGAUCAGCAGACGACCUCGAUCAGAUAUUGCCAUCCACAAGCACGUUUGAUUAUAUCACAAGCAUCGAUUCAGCCUAUCAUUACAAUACUCGCUGGCACUUUUUGGAGAAGGCUUUCAAAAGACUCAAUCUGCAUGGUUCUAUUGGACUGUACGAUCUAGCCAUUGAAGCCGAUUUUCUACACAACGCAUCUCCAAUGCAAAAGAAUAUCUUUAAAUUCGUGUGCGAUACAGUGCAUAUACCUAUCCAAAAUCUGGUUACGGUUGAAGAGUACGAGGAGCGUCUGGAAGAUAUUGGCUAUGAGGAUGUGCAGAUUGAGCAGCUGGAAAGACACCUCGUAUUUGGUGGAUUAUCUCGUUCAUUUGAUCAACAGUACACUACAGCAAUGAAGUAUGGCAUUGGUGUCAGUCUUUCAAAUAGAAUCUUUUUAAAAGUGUCAAGUUUCUUGUUUGGCUUGUUGGGAUCAAAGCCCUGGCUAGUGCCUAUCAUUGUAAAGGGUGUCAAACAACAUGAGGAUGGUGAUGGACCAUGA